AUGUCGGGCUUCGGUCAAGCACCUGUCUUCGGAGCGCAGGCGCUUUUGGCUGAUGCAUCCAACUCCGCAACUUCGUCACCCCUUCAAGCUCCGUCAACCCAGUCCACACCUUUUGCCCUUCCCUCGCAAUCACGGUCGUUUUCCGCCUUCGCCGCGUCCACAGCCUUCUCAAACAAUUCUCCUCAGAAUCCUGGGUCAUCUUCGGCCUUUGGCGGCCUGAGAAACGCGACAAAUGGUCUCGGUACGACCUCGUCGAGCGGUGGAGGAUUCUUUGGAGGGCCCGACACAUCGAACAAAGACGCUAUGAUGAACAACCCAUUUGCGGCCGCAACAGCCGCCACACCAAGCCCUCCUGUCUCGAAUCCAUUCGCAACACAGACACAGACUACCAGCGCUACAACCAACCCCUUCACCAACGCGACAGCACCCUUCACGAACCAGAAUGGCGCAACAACAGCGAACCCGUUUACCUCCGCCGCUUCAGCGAGUCCCUUCGCAUCCCUUUCCAAAUCCACAGAUGACACAGCCCCUACCACUUUUGGUCAGCCGAGCUCGCAGUCCAAAGCGCCAUUAACACCGUUUGCACCCUCUGCGACGAACAAUCAGAAGCGAAAGAAUGCCUUUGAGGAUGGGGCCAGUUCUAAGCGAGGGGGCCCCAGUUCUGCGACGAGUUUUCAGAGACCACAGACCUCGCUCGCCGCACCUUCAAAGGGCAUGAAGUCCACAGGCUUUGGUGGCAGUGACACAGGCAAGACCAGCAAUGGGUUCGCAGAUCAUCUCAAUGAGACCAAAACCAAUGUCUUCGGUUCGGCGGCGGCGGCGCCUGCCCAACUACUUAUAACCAAGGCCCAGAAAAAGUCGCCAUCUACCUAUGCCGCAGAGAUCCACGAACAGCUGCGCAUAGACAGGCUCAAACCCCCGCAGUGGCCGAAGCAUCCUGGCGACCCAAGUAACAUCAAGACGAUGGACGACUACCGAGUCAAGUACAAGGCCUAUGAGAACAAAAUUCGGACGUCUUUGAUCAAGGCAGGCUUAAUCGACGAUCCCGAUGUGCGGAAGAAGCUCAGCGAUGCGAUCGACUUCAGAGGCAUAUGCGAGGAGAUGUGCCCCGAGGGCGAGAAGGUCUCGCGCAUCGUCGAGCACGACGUCAAAUUCCCAGAAAGGAUACACAGUGCCGGACCGGACGAUGGCUGGGCAAAUCCAGAUUUGAUGGUCAAAUCUUUCAAGCGUUCAGCGGCGGGUACUGACUCCCCCUUACCGACGGAGGUGCGAUCUCCAGCUGCGUUAAGACGAACCCUAAACUACCUCAUCGACGAUGUCCUGAGAGGAGAUGAAAACCUCCCCUCACUACACGGUUUUCUUUGGGACCGAACAAGAGCAAUCCGGAAAGAUUUCAUCUUCCAGAAUGCCAUGACACCGGCAGAGCGCAUUGAUCAGAUUUACUGCUUGGAGAAUAUCACCCGAUUCCAUGCCGUCUCUCUUCAUUUACUCUCCAGGGAUGGCAAGGAGGACUUCUCGGAGCAGCAGGAGCGUGAGCAGCUGGGCAAGACUCUGCUCUCAUUGAUGCAAGUCUACGACGAGUGCAAGGAUAUGGAUAUCGAUAUCCAGAACGAGGCCGAAUUUCGCGCCUACUACCUUUUGUUCAACGCCCACGACACCUUUGUCAUCCAACAAAUGCAGGAUUGGAGUAGGAAAUUCUGGUACAACUCGACGGAAAUCCAGACGGCGGUCACCCUCAUCGAGACGAUGCGUAAUGUGUUCGCUCACCGCGGACCGCUGCGUCCGUCUGCCCCACUCACUACCGGAUCACCGUCUUUCACCAGCUACUUCUCUAUCGUUGAGAAUCCGGAAGUGUCCUAUACCAUGGCCUGUCUGGCCGAGAUCCAUUUCACCGAAAUUCGACGCCAAAUCUUGAAAGGCCUCCACAGGGCCUAUGGCAGGGUCAGAGAUGGGCCGAAGGAUUUGACGGCCAAGGUUCUUAACGAGCAAUUCCGUUUCGACACGGAAGAAGAGUGCAUUGCUUUCCUCGAGGACCUAGACAUGGAGUUCUCUUCAGAAGGCGUGAGCGAGCCUUAUUUGCUCGUUCAGCGAAGGAGAGGCAUUCCAGCGAAGACUAUCAAGCAAUCAUUUUCAGAGUCGAUGGUCGAGCUUAAGCGUGGUGACCACACUCUCCCGGAGGUGGUUCACAGUACCAUUUUCCAGGAGGGCGCGCCCGCCAUCGAGACAAACGCCAGCCCUGAUAGUCUAUUUGUCACUCAGCCUCCAGACACGCCUAUGUUUACAGAGCCCAAGUCAACACAUUUGGGGGUGAACUUCUUCGACAACGAAUCUUCCUCGUCAUCUUCAUCUCCAAUGAAACAGAGCCUAGCUGGUACGCCGGCCUCGUCCUUGUUCAGCAAUCUCAAGUCCGAUACGACCACCAAGAACCCUUUUUUCUCGCACGCAACGAACGCAGCUACGGACACGACCACAGCAACGGCCACGACUGCUACCCCUGCACAGACUCUAUUCCCUUGGUCUCAAAAAUCGUCUGCUGAGGGGCCAUCAGUCAACAAAGUGCCUGGGAAGUCACUUAUACAAACGUCCCAAGUUUUCUUGCCAUCUACGCCAAGCACAGCACCUCCCGCUUCUACUACGCAAGAGUCUGUCAAUGCUUUUGGCUUCUUCAACAAGCCGUCUGAAAAGCAUGCCGCUCCCUUGUUUCCAAGUACGUCUCUGGCUGGCUCAUCGACUAGUAGCUUCUUUGCAGCUGUUCCACCAUUAUCAGCCAAGGGCGAGGGUGCUGGGAAUGCCGUUGCCACAGCGUCUUCGAACAAGACAGACAUUUCACAAGAUGCACCGAGUCCAGCGAAACCCUUUCCUUUCUCAAACACAUCCUCUGCUCCGGUAUCCACGUCACCUUCAUUCGUUUCAGCAUUGAAACCAGCACCGCCACCGGCCGCACCAACCGAGGUUGUCAAAUCGACGUCACUGUCUGGCAUAUCAACCUCCACGCCAGUCAAGACUCUGGUACCUGCGCCGCCUGUGUCCCCAAGAGACAUGAUGGGUGAUCUUGCAAAAUGGAUCUUACUCGGCGAUGGUGGAUUGAUGGAAACCCUGCAGGACAACCUCGUAGAGCAUCUUGUCUACGAGACCUUCAAAACAUACCAACGGGAGGAGAAUGAGCGGAAGCGACGGGAAGAGGACAUGUCUUCUUGGGCUGAAGCGCGCAAAUUCAGGGACUGGAAUCUGCGAGUCAAGUUCUUUUAUCGAUGGCGAGAAAUUGCAAGGAAGAAGGCAACGAGGCGUGUUGGACGCCACAACAGAGAAGCUCUAAAAGCCUAUAGGGAGGCUAAAGCAGCUGAAGCCCGAGCAACACGACGCAAGAAGGAGAAGGAGGAAGAGGCGCGCCUUAAGCGGCUCUCCGGACCAACCUCCUGGCUUGAUGAACUUGAUCAGGAACGGGCAUUAAAAAGAGCGAGGCGAGCAGGAGACAUGUCGCUCGACACGUCUCGGAGAAGCAGUCCUGUUUCUGAUGCUGACGCCCUGCUUACCACUGGUGUUCUGAAUGGUGUGCCAGAUCAGCAAAGAGUUGCAGAGAACUGUGUUCGCGACGACGAUUCGAUCUACGAUGCACUGGUGGGCGUUCACAUCAGCCCAAAUUCCAACCGGCGUAUCAUGGGUCCUCCAGCCAAACCGAGCAGGGACCCCCUCCGCUCGGUACGCGACGCUGGGAUUUCGAAGCCGGCGCCGAAGCAGAAGUGGAGCAAGAAAGCUCAGCAGCUAGCAGAUCUCGUGAACGGCAAGCGUGAUGAGGACGAUCUCAUCAGCUUCAGAAGCAGCACUUCUUCCCGCCUCGGCCAGUCUCUACAAUCCGUACCUGCGACGGGGAAGGUCACCAACUUCUCGAAGUAUCAAUCUUCGUCGCCUCGGUCCUCCGUCGAACCCGAUCGAGCUCGAAAUAGGCCAAGCAGUGGCAUCAAAUCCUCAUAUUGGCUGCUGAGAAGCCGCGGGCUCUUCGCCACGCCUACGGGUCACGUUCUUUCCGAAAAGGUACCUCGGCCCAGGACUAGUUCUGUUCAUGACGGUGCUUCGCAGUACUCUGGCGAGUCGGAAGCAGAUGACUACGACAACCGUGUACUGGAACAGGAUGGCGCGUAUCGCGCAAGCUUGGGACUGACUGGACCUGGGUCGCGCCGCAGCACUCUCAGCGUCGGCGCAGCGGGCUCGCCUCCAAGAUCAGGCUUCGUGAAGCCCAGCACCUCCUUCCGACAGUCUCUGCCGACAGGCGGCAUGUCCAAACCCACAUCGUCAUUCAGACAAUCCCUACCCGCAGGCAUUUCUUCACCAAUGCAUCUAGGAAGCCCGCAUCGUGAUGUCGACGGUGGCUCUCAAGCUGGUAGUGCCAUUAGCACAAUUGAGCAGGAUGUCGAGGAGACUUUGCGCGAGCUUAGAAAGGUCGCUGCAGAGAUGGAAGAAGACACAAGCUGGUAUCGUGAACAGAAUAGGCAGUUGUCUCAAAGCCAGGACCUAGGUGGUUAGCACUGGACCAAAAAGCGGCACGGCUGAUGAUCAUCAACUUGGCACAGUCGAGUGGGCCGGAACAGCAUGGGAACAUUAAAUCAACUUGUCAACGAGGGCUUCGGUCGAAAGGUGUCAAUAUAGGUGGUGAGAGCAAGGAUCUCUCAAAUUCGAGUAAAGGAAGUAGGCAGGCUUCACAGGCGUGUCAGUCGCGAAGUGCCAAAUAGGCGCUACAAAAGGACUUCCACUAUCAGGCUAAGACAGCAGGCAGUGACAGCAUUCGAGCCCUACACGGGACGUAAAACGAAACCAUUUUUCUUCUUACUUUAAACGGAUAUCAAUCAAAACAAAAACAGAUCGAAAUACGGUCAAUUGCAUCAAGCCCGGCGUUUUGGUUUCGUUUCUUUUCUUUUUUUCUUUCGGCACGGACCACGUGGAACGGAUCCAAGGACCAUGGGAGAACGAGGCGUACAGUGACGGCAUCUGAAAUGAAAUUUUCUGAAGCAGACAUUUUGGCUAGGUGUGUUCUACUGUGGCUGCAGUAGUAUUUAUUUGUCGAGUCUUUUCAUAUACAGCGCGGAGAGCAUAUACCCAAGCGUUGCAAAGUCACGAACCAUGUAACAAAUACACUUUAUGCAUUCUCCUUCCUGCAAGGAC